ACGUGGAAACCCGCCUCCCUGCUAAGCGGAAGCCGGAAGUAGGGCCUAGGCUGCGGAAACGGAUCCGAAGCGAAACAUCAAUCUGCGGUCUGUCCAGUCUGGUUUUGAGAAGAGGAGCACAAUGGGGCGAGGCGGAGGAACUUUCGAGCGGCUUCUAGAUAAAGCUACUAGUCAGCUUCUGCUGGAGACAGACUGGGAGUCCAUCCUGCAGAUCUGUGAUAUGAUUCGCCAGGGCGACACUCAGGCUAAAUAUGCUGUGGGUGCAGUAAAGAAGAAGGUCAAUGACAAGAAUCCUCAUGUGGCUCUGUAUGCACUAGAGGUUUUGGAAUCUGUGGUAAAGAACUGUGGUCAGACGGUCCACGAUGAAGUGGCUAACAAACAGACCAUGGAGGAACUGAAGGAAUUGCUAAAGAAACAAGUUGAGGCCAAUGUUCGUAAUAAAAUCCUCUACCUGAUCCAAGCCUGGGCUCAUGCCUUCCGCAAUGAGCCCAAGUACAAGGUGGUACAAGACACCUAUCAAAUCAUGAAGGUGGAAGGUCAUGUUUUCCCAGAAUUCAAGGAGAGCGAUGCAAUGUUUGCAGCAGAAAGGGCUCCAGACUGGGUGGAUGCAGAGGAGUGUCACCGGUGCCGAGUCCAGUUUGGAGUGGUGACUCGCAAGCAUCACUGCCGGGCGUGUGGGCAGAUCUUUUGUGGAAAGUGCUCAUCCAAGUACUCUACCAUUCCCAAGUUUGGCAUAGAGAAGGAGGUGCGGGUGUGUGAGCCCUGCUACGAGCAUCUCAACAAAAAAACAGAAGGGAAAGGAACUGGCACCACAGAGCUCCCCCCUGAGUACUUGACCAGCCCUCUUUCCCAGCAGUCUCAGCUGCCCCCAAAGCGUGAUGAAACAGCACUGCAGGAGGAGGAGGAACUCCAGCUGGCAAUUGCACUAUCCCAGUCAGAAGCAGAGGAGAAGGAGAGGAUGAGGCAGAAAACUACAUUUUCCACAUACCCUAAGGCUGAGCCAACCCCUGUCACUUCAUCUGCUCCUCCGGUCAAUACCCUGUAUUCCUCACCUGUGAAUUCCUCUGCACCUCUGGCUGAGGACAUUGAUCCAGAGUUGGCUCGUUACCUGAACCGCAAUUACUGGGAAAAGAAGCAGGAGGAAGUCCGCAAGAGCCCCACUCCAUCAGCCCCGCUGUCCAUGGGAGAACCAGCUGCCCAGACCACAGAGAUCCAAACUGCUCCAAUCACUGUGGUGGAACAGCAAUAUCAAAAUGGUGAGACGGAUGAGAGCCACGAGCAGUUUCUUAAGGCCCUCCAGAAUGCUGUCACCACCUUUGUCAACCGCAUGAAAAGCAACCACCUGCGGGGCCGGAGCAUCACCAACGACUCGGCAGUGCUCUCGCUCUUUCAGUCCAUCAACAGCAUGCAUCCCCAGCUCCUGGAGCUGCUCAACCAGCUGGAUGAGCGUCGCUUGUACUAUGAGGGACUUCAGGAUAAACUUGCUCAGAUCCGGGAUGCACGGGGAGCCCUGAACGCUCUGCGGGAGGAGCACAGAGAGAAGCUGCGCCGUGCUGCUGAAGAGGCGGAGCGUCAGCGGCAGAUUCAGCUCGCCCAGAAGCUGGAGAUCAUGCGGCAGAAGAAACAGGAAUACCUGGAGAUGCAACGGCAGCUGGCCAUCCAGCGCCUUCAGGAGCAAGAAAAGGAGCGCCAGUUACGGCUGGAGCAACAAAAGCAAACAAUCCAGAUGAGGGCACAGAUGCCUGCUUUCUCUCUGCCUUAUGCUCAGCUCCAGGCCAUGCCUGCUGCUGGCGGGGUGAUCUACCAGCCAUCGGGCCCCACCAGCUUCCCAGGCACUUUCAGCCCCGCAGGCUCCGUGGAAGGGUCUCCUAUGCACACAGUGUACAUGAGCCAGCCAGCCCAGGGCAACACCGGCCCCUACACUGCCAUGCCUGUGGCAGGAACAGAUCCCAACAUGGUGAACACCUACAUGUACCCAGCAGGCACUAAUAGUGCUCAAACAGCUGCACAGGGGCAGGCUGUGCCCACCACUAAUCCUGCCUAUUCCUCUUACCAGCCUACACCAACGCAGGGCGUGCAGAAUGCAGCUGCCCCCUCACAGACCCAGGCUAUCCCUGCCAUGACACAGGCUCCACAGUCUGGGGGCACAAUUGGUUACAUGGGCAGUCAGUCUGUCUCUAUGGGCUACCAGCCCUACAACAUGCAGAACCUCAUGUCAACCCUCCCUGGUCAGGAUCCCGCUUUGAGUAGUCUGCCACCCCAGCAGCCUUACCUAUCAGGACAGCAGCCCAUGUAUCAGCAGAUGGCACCCCCAGGAGGACCUCCCCAGCAGCAGCCCCCUCCCCAGCAGACUCCAGCCCAGGUGCAACAGGCACAGGGGGGCAGCGGAGAGGCUCAGCUAAUUUCCUUUGACUAAUCUCUCAUCUUAAAAGGAGAGGGAGGGGUGGGUUUCUAAGACAUUGAACACUACUAUCUCUUGGUCACUGCUGUAUUUGCGACACCGUGGCUGUUACCCUGCACCAUCCCCUUAGGGGAAUGGAGAACUGAGCCUCUGUUGUUAGGUAGUCUCCCACCGGCUACCUACUCCCCCCCCCCCUUUCUCCCUCCAUCCCUGUCUGAAAUGCUAUUUAAGAGCCUUCUUGGCAGGGCAGAAGCUAGGGCUAGCGGUAUUCAAAUUUCGUUUGAGCUUCUCUUUGGCUGGGAAGCGAUGGUGACCCCUAGCUUCGCUGGAGCUGGGUAGCAGACCAGAGAGCUUUUAAGCCACUCACUCCUGUGUGCACUACUACGGAGCAAGAGACCUUCCAUCUCUUCUGGAAUUACAGCAUUUAAGCAUGCUCCAAAGCCUAAGUAAAUGGGGUCCAACUUGCAGCAUGGCCCGAGUCCGCAUCUCUCCCCCACCCUCUUACUGCCCUGUAUGGUUGUAUCCUGCCAAUCAAGUGGCCUUCACUCUAACUAUCCCUUCCCACCCCACACACACACUUGGAACCCUUCACGUUUCCCAUAAUACUUUUAACAACCAAUUCAGCCUCCUCCAGGACCAUUAUUUCUUCUGUUCCCUGUGUUCUCUCCCAAGCCCUUCUCGACCCUCUCCGCUUUUGAAGACUCGUCUCUCGUAUUUAGUGCUGCCAUAGACAGAAUGGAAUCAGUGACAAUAAAGUAUUUAAAACCUU